UGUUCUGCAAAUGGUAUCAAAACACAUGGCACCAUCUCUGAUGGAAACAGGAGCACGCCUUUAUGUUAUCAAAUUCCUCAGAGAUUAUAUAUCAACUGGCUGUGUAAUUUUAUUGGAGGAAGGUGGCACAAUUUUUACCUUUGAAGGAAACAACACAAAGUGCUCACUGAGAACUGUAAUGAAAGUUCACAAUCCCCAGUUUUACUGGAAGGUUAUGACUCAGGAAGAACUAGGUCUUGCGGAUGCAUUUAUUAGUGGAGAUUUUUCUUUGGCCAAUGAUGAUGAAGGUCUCCUAAAUCUCUUUAUGAUUCUCAUUGCCAACAGAGACUUGAACUCAUCCAACUCAAAGCUUAGUAAGAAAAGGGGUUGGUGGAGGCCAUUGUUUUUUACAGCUGGUAUAACAUCUGCAAAAUAUUUCUUCAAGCAUGUUUUACGUCAGAAUACUCUCACACAAGCUCGUAGGAACAUUUCUCGUCAUUAUGACUUGAGUAAUGAACUUUUUGCUCUAUUCUUGGACGAAACAAUGACAUACUCCUGUGCAGUGUUUAAGAAGGAAAAUGAAGAGUUGAAAGUUGCACAACAGAGGAAAAUCUCUCUUCUGAUAGAAAAGGCGAGAAUUAAGAAUAAGCAUGAGAUUCUUGAGAUUGGAUGUGGUUGGGGAGGUUUAGCCAUUGAGCAAGGAUAUGUUGAAAUUCAUGCACUGGGAUUUGAUGAGAAGUUCGUUCGGACAUGGGAAUAUUAUUUCGAUUACUGUGCAGCUGGUUUCAAGUCAUUGACUCUUGGAAAUUAUCAGGUUGUAUUUUCACGCCCGGGAAAUGUGGCUACGCUCCAAAAUCCAUACUAAAGUUUCCUCCCAGCUAAUUGAUAGUAAAUCAGUUUCUAAAAUGCAGAAGAAAAAUCAGUUUUUCUUCUGUGUCAUGAGGCUUGUGGCGAUGAAUAUCAAUAAAGUUGCCGAAUUUUAUGUAAUAGACAUAUAUAUGUAUAUAUAUUUUGAACUGCAAGUGCAAAAGAAACACUUUGUGUGACAAUAAUAAAGAAUUUGAAAGUUG